AUGUCCUAUCAACGUACCAUUCUCGUUGUCGUCCUCUCGGCCAGUGUACUAUGUCUAGCACUAACAACUUUAGCAAGGUCUAAAAAUGUAAUCAGUGGAUCUCGUCAAUACGGCGAUUUUUUAACCCAUCGUGAAAUCAUUCAGAAGGACUCCAAGUGGUUGCAAAUCAUUGAAUCUUACAAAACUUUUGUCCCUAAUAAUGGUGAAAAAAUCACUCAAGUCCGUUUGAUAGAUGAAAAUCAAAAGGGUCACGGUGCCACUGCAACAAUUAUCGCCGGUGGACCCGGUUUUACUUUUGUCACUCUUCACUACAAAAGCACGCGUGGAAAUAACAUCGAUUUUAUUACUGAAAUUUACGGAAGGAAUUAA